AUGCCAUUCUCAAGAUCUGUUCCACUGCUCGCCACACUACUCCUCUCAUCAUUGACCUCAGCUCAAUCGACUGACAGGUCCAUCUCCGGCCCCUUCAAGCCAGGUCCAGCGAACUCCCAGGAAGCUCUCCAGCUCAUAGCAUCAUUCGGACAGAACCCCAAUCGCACGUCCUCCUUGACCUUCCCUUUCACAGCGAAUGGAACUUCCACGGACUGGACAUGGCGUGUCAAUAUCACAACCAUCAACGUUCCCAAUUCCGGCCGUCUGGAUGAUCUCGCCUCAUCAGAUGCAGACUACUCGCAAGGACUGCAGGUGGUCAAUGCGCAGUGGGGACUUGCUUUAGCUGAGGAGGAUGGCUCGCUCUCAAAUUGGUUGGCACAACAGAACAUGAACUUGACUGUCCAAACUCUGAUGACGAGCAAGCCGACCAACAUCACCGAGUCUUACAGCAACGAAGAUGAUGGCGACUGCAGUUCCGUCCUUGGGGAUCAGUGUACACAGUCCAUCAUGAUGGCAUCAGACUCUGCACGAGGAGCUGUUGAUUUCGCUGGAUUGGAGGGCUGUGAAGAUACCCUCAAUGCGGGAUCAGGAGGCGGGAGUGAUGGGACUAGCUUCGCCAUCACAGCAAGCCCAAACGCCACUGAUACAAACCCUGGCAGUGAGACUCUCUGGUACAGGACGUCGCCAAUGUAUACGAUCGCAGAGGACAAUCUCGCGCAUUACAACGAGUCCGUUGGGGCGUUACAGAUUCUGCUCAUCAGGCCUGAGUAUGGAACCAAUCAGGAACCUCGUGGAGAGUCUGAUGGCCCGAAGCUUUUCUGUCGGAUUGUUGACAAGGAGGUCGUUGAUACUACUGCCGGACAGGAUGGACAGGAGUCUGGUGCGAUGCGGACUACGUUCUCGGUGGCGUUACUGUGCAGCUUCGUGUUGCUUGCUAUAGUGUUACAGUAA